UCGCUGGAGAAGCAACAGAAUAGGCUAGCAACUUGAUUGACAACGUAGUCGUCCAAUCAGUGUUAUUUUUAUUGCGACAAUUCUGCUGUUGGACCCUGGCAUCAGAGUUUUGUAUAUGGUACUGGCAAAUAUGUCGGCCUCUGGAGAUCUUUUGGUCACCAAUCCCAUGGAUAUAUGAAAAGCGCACAUCAUUGGUUUUUUAUGAACCAUUUUUUCUUCUUUUUAACCUCCGUAUCGACAGAGCGGCCUGCAGACAGAUGCUAGAGGAAAUAACGAGACCAAGACUGGCACUUCCCAUUCACAAUUUCUGGACUCAGAACCGUUGUGAAACCCCUCGCAGGUGCAGCAACCAACUUCACCAAAAACCAAGCAAGCAGGACUGUUUUGUGACCCAGGAGAACCUAAUGAAGCUGAUAUUCAAUACUGCCACCUGUGUGUUUCUUCUAUGUACACAUAUGUCAAGUGAUCCUUAUCAUAAAGGAGAAGUCCACUAAUCAGCACUCAGAAAACCUCAAGAUACAAAUUGCCUAAGGAGUUUCCAUCUUCAGCACAUAAAGCCAGAGUAUUUCACAUUUUUGGACGCUGCUCUGCAGAGGUUGUGUCUUCCAGGGAUUGUUUUGGGAGGGUGUUAUUGAAGCCUCGGUGCUCUCUGCUGGGGAAGGAAGCAGAGGGAAGGCCCUGGAAGUCCCUGGAAGUCCCUGGAAAAGAGAGCAAUACAGAAUACGGCCUGUAGCUGGAAGGCCAACAGUUACAUAACUAACAGGCAUGAUUGUCCACUAACACCGUGGAACAUGGAGACCAGUGGAGGAACUGAGGUGUUCUGCCAUUGCUGAUUGAUAAAUGAGAUAAUACCAUUAUCUAUACAUUCAUAACCCAUAGCACUCCAGGAUCAACACUGUAACUUUAGCUCUUUCUCAAAAAUUUCAUUUACAUGGAUACUAAUGGAUGAUCUGCUGUGUUUUCCGUCGGAUAUUUUGGAGAGAACAACGUCAUCGCUUUCUUCUUUUUGUCUUCCAAUCGUAUCCCUGGUGCAGCUGGCAGGUGAGGUGGUUUGAACCAGCCACCAACGGGGUUUAGGGAUGCCCCGACACAGGAAAACCAGGCUACUCCACUGGCCCGCUUACAGACUGCUGUUUCUAAUAUGAGUCCUGGACUGAAAGAAAAUCGUUUCCUUCUCUAACAGAGAGCAAAGGGUUGUCAUUUUUUUAUUUACAAGACUUUUGGUCGCGUAGCCACAGCUGCCCAGACUGCUGAUCUCCAGGUGCUAAAAACUUAGUGAAUUGGAACUUCCAUACUUUGUGCUGGCACAGAAUUGUGUAUAAACCGUUUCCCCUUGUAGGUCUAGACCUUCAUUUUUUUUCUGAGAUGAAGAAAGUCACGGAGGAAGGAAACUAGAAAGCCAAGUCAAUUAUCAGGCCUUUCAAUUUUUUCUUUUAGCCUCAUUUCGUAUUUUGCUGUAAUUGUUGUUCCAUCAUGUAGUCAAGCUCCUACCAGAACAGAUCUACCUCUGCCAACUUUUGUACCUCGCAGAACUUUCAUUUGUAGACCAACUGCAAUGAUUUGGACCGGUUCACAGCAGGGUCAAGGUUCAUUAAUUUAUCUGAGGUCUGUCAGGAUUUGAUUUGACUAUCACACCACCAAAUCAUUUGCUAAUUAAAUUAUUGUGUUUUAACAGGAGGGCACAAAUACCUAACUGCAGUUUUUUUUUUUACCAUUAUUAUUAUUUUUACACCUGAAUAACAUCCUUUUUCCCUGUUGUCAUUAUUUUUGAUCAAGCCUUGAUUGAAAUUGUUGUGCAACAAAAAGAUUCUCCUGUUUUUAGAUUAAUUGUACUCAUAUGGAAACAGACCUGUAGGAAUUACUGUGUGUGUUGGCUUGAUUUGUAAUUUGAUAUUUUGGGUAGUCAAACAUGUUUUGUGUAUUCAUCAUCAAUGUUGUAAGAGAUUGUGCAGACACACCUUCCUCUUCAUAAUCUGUGGCUUAUUCGUUCAUCCUCCCUUCCCACCUUGUUUUCUGGCUGACAGGAAAGUCUUUUGCAGCAGAGCGACUUGUAAGCUUCUUUUAAUCUCUCUCACACACACAGUCGAUCAGGAUUGACCUAAGAGCCUAAGAAAACAACCAGUCGCUCGUCCUCUCAUCUCAGUGUGGUGAUGCGGAUGAGUGUUUUUUAUGUUUGCCACGUGAAACAGGAAGGCCUCCUCAGCUAUUCCUCUCCUUUUUUAUUUUAUUUUAUUUUUUUGCCAAUCCAUCAGUUCUACCCCCAUACUACAAAUCUGCUUAAUACACCUAAAGAAACUGAAUGACAGAAUCCUUGUCAUAGUAGUUGCUGAACAAACACACACACCACCACACGCAGGAAGUGAUGCCAGGUGGCAGCAGUAAGAGUGGAGGACGAGGUCCAUCCUCAUCACCCCUCCCCCACGCCGUGGUCCCGCCCAGCAGACCUCUGCGACCCUCCCGUUAUGUUCCAGUGUCAGCAGCCACUUUCUUCCUCGUUGGCUCCACCACACUCUUUUUCUGCUUCACCUGCCCGUGGCUUUCGGAGCGUUUCUCAGUGGCUGUGCCCAUCUACAAUGGAGUCAUCUUCCUGUUUGUUUUGGCUAACUUCUGUAUGGCCACAUUCAUGGACCCCGGCAUCUUCCCGAGAGCCGAGGAGGACGAGGACAAGGAGGAUGAUUUCCGUGCUCCCCUCUAUAAGACAGUAGAGAUCAGAGGGAUCCAGGUCAGAAUGAAGUGGUGUUCAACCUGCCGCUUCUACAGGCCACCACGUUGCUCCCACUGCUCCGUCUGUGACAACUGUGUCGAGGACUUCGAUCACCACUGUCCGUGGGUGAACAACUGCAUUGGCAGGAGGAACUACCGUUACUUCUUCCUCUUCCUGCUUUCUCUGACGGCUCACAUCAUGGCCGUGUUUGGCUUUGGCCUGCUCUUUAUCCUCUACCAUCGGCAGAACAUUGACCGCCUGCAUGCCAUUGUGACGCUGGCUGUGAUGUGUGUAGCAGGCUUGUUCUUUAUUCCUGUUGCUGGCCUCACUGGUUUCCACAUAGUGCUUGUGGCCAGAGGCAGGACCACCAAUGAGCAGGUAACGGGGAAGUUCAGAGGAGGUGUUAACCCGUUCACCAAUGGCUGUUGGAAGAAUGUCUCUCAUGUCCUCUGCAGCUCACAGGCACCCAGGUAUCUGGGCAGAAAGAAGUGUGUGCAGAGCGUGUGUGUCCAACCUCCUUUUCUGCGGCCACAGUUAACAGAGGCCCAGUUGGCUGCAAAGAUCCUGGACAACGGCAUACAAGGAGACCUGCACCGGUCAAAGUCCAGUCUGGAGAUGAUGGAGAGCCAGUCAUGUGAUGCUGAGCCUCCUCCUCCUCCUAAACCGGAGCUCCGCUAUCCUGGAAUCACCAGAGGAAACACGGAGGAGUGCAGUCUGCUGAACAAAGCCCCUCCCACCCCCACCAUGUACAAAUACAGGCCCACCUACAGCCCCAGCAAGAACCACACAGCACUCACACACGCUUAUGCCAAUCAGUUAAGUCGGGGGGAGAGUGUUGGCAGUGCCAGGGACUCCUCCUCUUCCACCUCCUCACUCCUCCAGGCCAGCCAGCAGCCUGGGUUUCGCUCCCAGCCCAGCUUGGACCGGAGGGACACUUCAUCUGACAGAGUGGGAGGAGGAGGAGGUGGGGAGAGGAGGGAGGGAGGAAGAGAGAUGGGAGGAGGGGGCAUCCCUGGGUAUUCCCUUGGUGGACGCUCAUACCCCUCCUUCUCUGACCCCACUGUUCUAUCUGGAGUGGCAUCGCGAUCAUCCAGCUCUACGCACACCUCAACAGGUGCAGCCCACGUCUCAGAGACAACCACCACCUCCGCCAGUUUCAAGAGCUUAGCCAAUCAGACACCCCCAGCUCAUCACCCGUCCCGCAAUGGUAGCCUGUCAUAUGACAGCUUGCUGGCAGGUGGUGAUGAUUUCGACAAAGGGGUGACGACAGGUUCAGCAGCCCCUGAGGUUUCCUCUGGAAGACCCUGCACGCCAGCAGCAGGCGGCUACAACUCCCCCUUCCUGUCUUCACAACAAAGGGUUGCUGAGAUACACUCCCAGUCCUCCCAGUCGCCCCAUCACCACCACCGUUCCUCCCACCAUCACCCCUUUCUCCAUCGCUCUUCUUCCUCUACGUCCUCCUCUCCGCCACCACCUCCAGAGAGGGAGCAUCUGCUGGGAGAGCCUCACCCCAAUGCUCAGCCCCCGCCUACCAAUCAGGCCUCAGCUCCCCCUUCCUCCUCUGCCCCAGCUCCCCCACACCAUCAUCACCACCACCAUCACCACCACCACCACCACUCCCAUCAUCACCACCACUCCUCCUCUUCCGCCACCUCCCGCCCUCCUCGCUUUGCUGUCCCUCAUGCACCGCCUCACCAUGCUUAUCCUUACCGCACCCGCUCCACUGAUACCACUCUGGGCUCCACUUCCACAACCCACCCUCCUCGAUCUCCACACCCCCCACCUCUGGGCAAGUCUCUCUCCUACUCCAGCGCUGCUGCUGCUGAACUGCAGUACCAGCUUGUCCGAAAGGCCUCGGCGUCAGCUGGAGCAAAUGCAGCGGGGGUAGGAGGAGGAGGAGGUGGAGGGAUGGGAGGAGGAGGAAUACAAACACCGAAGGAUGAACUGAUCCAGAUGAAGCCUCUGAGUCGGACCAAUGGCAGCCAGCCCUUCUCCUCCACCACCUCCUGCUCUGCCCCUUCCUCUCCCUCUCACCCAGUCAGCGUGUCUGCCCGACCCGGAGUGGCCUAUCCCAGCUCAGCUUUGAUGCAGAGUCCCGCCCACAAGCCCCAGGGUGGCGGUGUAAAGAAAGUGACAGGUGUCGGGGGCACCACCUAUGAGAUUUCUGUUUGAGUGGCAGACAUCCUCUUGCUCGAAGACCAGUGGGAUGAAGAGGAGAUACAGCUGUCUCUCUCUGCGAUUGUGGCAGAGUUUUGGCUUUUUCAUCACACAAGAAACCACUGACCUACUGUAGACAUCUGAGGAGGAGUUGAACUAAUUUCUCUAGAGCUCAUUCCUUAUUACUGUACUGGACUGUCCUGCCUCAAGACAUCCACCUCAAAACUCUGCUGGUGAAAUGACAGUUGGGCCUAGAUAGAUGUAAUAUAAGCCAAGACUUGGUGGCACUGGGCUGCUGGACUGAUUCAGCUCCUUUUUGUGGCUUUUGUCCUCAUGGUAGCUCAGUAGAGGCACUUGCAUGGUAAGGUGCGAGUGUUGCAGAAUAUACAAGUUUAGCAGCGUAAGGUGUUAACACUACCAGGGUGAGGAGCUUGAUUCCCAGUGGGGCCACCAGUGAGCUCUGGUUUAGGGUUUGACAACUGGUUCGUAUCAGCAGUUUUGGACUAAAGCUCCAUUUGUGUAAGGAACUGGUGCAGAUGUUUAAUAUUUUAACAUUUCAUCAUUUUCAUUACAACAUCACUGAACCAUGAUCACGAUGAUGACUUCACAUCAUGCACAAUGUGAAGUACCAGGUCAAAAUCAAAGUAAAAUUUGUUCAGAGUUAAGUUAAGGGCUUCCCAUAGAUGACCAGAUUAGUUUGAACUAAUCAUGUGAUCAGUCAGAGGUGAGUCACAUCAGAUUAAGUAAUGGCAAGUUAACAAACGAGUUCUGACCCCAGUUGUCAGUUAAACCCUCAUUUUAUUAUCAUUAUCCACCAAAUGGGGUAUGGUGUUUGGGUUACAUAGAGUCAGAUUUCCUGUAACCUGUUGUCACUUUCCUCAUGGCUCUCAUCCCAGUCACAGCCUUUCAGUCCCUCAUGGAAAUGCACAACUCAAUAUGGCAGGAGGUCAGUAAUCAAGCAAUUAGUAGGACCUGUUAUGGACUUGUGACAAUCUACCAGUGGCUGGAAGGAACGUGACUCAUGAACAUUUCGAUCAACAUGAAUUUACUUGCCUUUUGAUGAAGGGAUGAAACAUUUGAGAAAAACAAAACAAAAUGCUGACUCUUUUGUUGAUUUAUUCCUUGAUGUGACUAUGAUUCCAUGUUUGUACAGGAUGAUGUGAUUUUAACUGUGGAUUUCUUUUUUAAAAACAGUGGUGUUCAACUGGACUGCAGCAUGCACUACUCUUACUACUAGCCACUAUGUGUGGCCGUAGACUAUGUUGUCUGUUUGAACAAACAGGAAGAGAAGAAACUAAAGUGAAUAAGGAAAUCGUGUUUUGGCUUUUUGUUGUUAAUGGGGCCCUUAAGACAAGUGUAGAUUUUUCUAGAAAACUAAUUCCUUGAGCAAUUGCCUUGAGUGUUUUUUAUGUCACCUAUUUUAAUUUGAAAUUAUUUUAUAUGAAUUUCUAUGAAAAUAUAGCUAUUGAUAAAUGAAAAGUUUUUAAUAUUGACUCAACCCUGGGGUUGUGUUGUCAGUUUCAGAAUCAUGAUAAAAAGAGCCCUUCUUAUUGGUUUCCACUGUAGCUCCACAGUUCCAUAGAUCAACCGUUUCCUCUGAAGGAAACUGACUUGCAGUGUCCUAAAUAUCCCAUCUUCCAUCACAUCAGAAAAAACAGGACUGGAAACUCUCAGACCAGAUGAGGUGGUCCACAUCAAGGCCGAUAACUAUAACAAGAAUUGUAUAGUUUUCAUCCUGACUCAACUGGAUGUCUGUACCACAAUGACAUUUGAAGAAUCAUAUGGUUGGGAUCUCUUUCAGAGCAAUUUGAUGAAUGAUACAAACACUGACAAUCAAAAUCCUUCCGUGUCGUGCUUAUAACAUUGAUUUCUAACUAUAGCCGACCUCAUUUAUGUACGCUAACUGACGUGAUAAGAAAACACUUUUUCGAUUGUUUACUUUUAUCAGUCAAUCUUGGCUAUUGUGGUAUACAACUGAUUAAAAACUUAAAAAAGCUAAUAUGAUAUUAGGCUUCAAAUUACACACAAAAAAACAUUUUACCCGAGACAUACUGCCAAACAGCCUUUGCUUCGCGUGGUGUCUCUAAAGUUUGUAUUGUCCUUACUGAUGUCCUCUUUCACAAUUGCCAGGAUUUCAAAUUGAUGCUGAGUCAUACGAAAGUAUGAAUAAAAUGUCUUCUAAAGACAAGUGUAACCAAGUUGGAUUCACCAGCUCUGCUCAUCUUUGAAGAAUUUUGUGGUUUUUCUUCUUGUUUCCCUGUUUGACAUACUGCAGUAACAGGUCCUAAAUAUCCACUGAAAUGCCAUUAACCUGCUGAUGCAGCUGGACGUGUGCGGUGUGUGUUUGGUACUGCUGCUGCUUCAGAAUAUUAUCAUUCAUCACUGUGGUUGCUCACCUCAUUAUCAUUAUAGUUAUCGUUCUUGGUGUGGUUGGCCCUUUACAGUCAGUUUGCAUCUUCAGUAAUGCAAACAAAAAGCACUUGGGGCACUAUUACAAAAAGAUGGAUUCUGUUAGAGAGAGAGAGAGAGAGAGAAUGUAAUGUUAUGGGAAUAAAGUACAAGUCAUCAAAAAAUAAAGAAAAAGUCAGAGUUUCAUCAUUGUAGUAUUUGAUUAGUCAAGUCAUAAAAUGUAAUGAGAGCAAAGUUUAUUCUCAAACUAUUUUAGUAGCCCCGAACACCAUGUUCAAGGUGUACUCGCACAGGUGAGAUCCUUCUGGUCGCCAGAUUAAUGUCAGUUGAAUGAAGGUGAGACAUGAGAUGAGAGGCAAUUAAAAGAAGCUCAGACAAACACUUUUCUGUUUUUUUUUUAAAUCAAACCUAAGCGUGCCAUGAGAAAUUAGUUGAAACAUAGAUUUAUGUGUAAGUAAAAUCUGUUAAAUUGUUUAAAGUCUUCCUUUUCCCAACUUAAGAGUCAGUGUGCUAACCUGACAUUCAGAAAUCCUAAAAAUUGAAUACACUUUGAGCUUUUUUUGGAUUGUCACUAAUGUAUCUCACAGCUUGGUGCGAUCACAUUUAGUUUUGUUUCUGUCUGAACCAGUGGGGAAAAAACAGAAAUAUUUGUCCCGGAGCUAUCUAACUGGUGCAACAGAUUGCAGGUCAGCUUGUUUGUUUGUGACCGAGGACUCGGUAACUAUGGCAGACAUGAUGGACAUCAUUUUUCUUUGGAGUGUCAUCAUCAGGUUUCCAUCUGUGGCCAUGUGGUCUUUAUCUAGUCUGGGUGACAAAUAUGAGCACAGCACCUAUCCAUGGAAAUGAUACAGCCACUUUGGUAAAAUAAGCGAAGCACACAUGAAGUACUAUUAGAGAAUUGAACAUGUGUCUGAUGGGAACACUUUCUGGAAAGAAAAGUCUAUUUCAUAUCAGUUUUUUUUUUUCACGUGUUUGUUGGAGCAGAAUGAAGACACUGGGCUUCAUGUGUAAAUUAGCAAGCACAGUUUUGGCCUCUUUUCCAGUGUGUUUAAUGAGGACAGGUCUGGGAAACAGAAGAAGAAAUGACAAAUAUCUGUACUGUACAGCUUAAUGUAUGCGUGUGUGAGUGUGUUUGUGGAUGUGUGUAUGUGGUGCAGGGCUGAACAAUUGAUAAUAAACUUAAACAAAGAGGCAGACCGCA